UAAAGUAGCUCAUUCUAAACAAUAUAUAAUAAAAUCGUUAAAAGAUCCAUCGCCGCCGCUCCCACCACUUCGUCAAACGAAAGGCCUUGCUCCGUCGUCGUACCUGUUUGCUUGAGCCUAGCCGCCGCACUGUUAAAUUAGGGCUCUCCAUCUCCCUCCAGCAAAAACUCUCACCAUCCCAUCGCAAGGCCAUUCGCCCCUCCCUAUCUCCCCCUCGUUCCCUAAGCUUAAUCUAUGCUUUCAAUUUGUUCGUUCCCUAUCAGAAUCAGAAAUUGGGACCUAGAAACACUGCUUACUGUUAACCAAAAUUCAAAUUGUGUUCAUUUUUUAUUUGGAUGAGUUUGGAAAUGGCUGCAGAGUCAUCAGAGGGUGAAGAAGAAGCAGGGAAGCUCACCGGAGGGAACCACUUGCUUGUUGUUGACGAUGAGCUCACUGAAUUGGGCAAGAAGGCCGCUUGGAGUGUCAGUUCCUGCAAGCCCGGCAACAGUGUUUCUUCUCUUCGCGAUCAAAACCUCGAAACUUUCUGGCAAUCCGAUGGAGCUCAACCCCAUUUGGUUAACAUUCAAUUUCAAAAGAAAGUUCGACUACAAUUAGUGGUGCUGUAUGUGGAUUUCAAGCUUGAUGAGAGCUACACGCCUAGCAAAAUUUCCAUUCGUGCCGGUGAUGGCUUUCACAAUUUGAAGGAGAUAAAAUCUGUGGAACUUGUGAAGCCAUCUGGUUGGAUUUACCUCUCAUUAUCUGGAGUUGAUCCUCGGGAAACUUUUGUGAACACUUUUAUGUUACAAAUUGCUGUGUUGUCGAACCAUCUGAAUGGAAGGGAUACUCACGUGCGGCAGAUCAAAGUUUACGGGCCUCGACCGAACCCCAUUCCGCAUCAGCCAUAUCAAUUUACUUCAAGAGAGUUCAUAACCUACUCUACCAUAAGAUGAGAAAAAUCUAUUUAAGGAGUUAAUCAAGCCAAUCAAGGAUGCUGCUCACUUGAGUGAUUACUAGUCACUAGUUUGUUUAUAUUUGCAAGUGCUCUACAGUAGCUGGAGAUCAGGGUCUAAAUUCAUGCUAUUAUGAUUUCAGAACAAAAUUAUAUGGAGGGAACUGUUAAUACUUAUUUAAUCAAAUCUAUUGCCAUGCUAAAUGAUGGCUUGGAAAAUGAGGGUAUAUGGUGUUAAAAUUUAAUUUAUUUUGAUGUAUGUCCUUGUUUGGUACCAUUUUACUGUACAUGUGCGGUCCUUUAUUAGCACUACACAAAAUUGGCAUGAUGUAUUUUCUUCAGAGUUUUAUUGCACAAUUGUCAGCAUUGAAUGUAAUUUACCAAUUGGCAACUGUAAUGCGUUAAUGGAUUUGUGCAGCCAUUUUUUGCAAUGACAAUAACAGAAUCUGAACUACUGUAUUAUGAUCGGAUGAGUUAGAUUUCA